UUUAAGGAAAUAUUGGGUGAGCUUUUGAAGUUCAAUGGGAGAGAACAAGCCUCUCGAAAGCUUGUAACUAUCAUUUUAUAUUGCUGUAAUUUUCUGUUUUUCAAUCAAAUACUCAUUUUCUUCCUUAAUUUCUGCCAUUAAAGUAUCCAAGCUAUGUCAGUUCAUAGCAAAUGGUAUCAGAGCAGAACAAUUCUGGGAGAAUAGAGUGUUGAUUUUCGAGUUUUCAAAAAAAAAAAAAAAAAAAAAAAAAAAUCGUCAAUGGAGUUCGCCGGAAAAGGUGCAGCGAAACAGAUGGAAAUAUGGAUCCGAGAGGAGUUUGCAGACAUGACACGCAAAAGGGAUCGAGGUAUCUCGAAUCUCGACGAAGAAGCGAGAAUCCGACGGGAGCUUCAACUCCCUGAGUUUAAUGGAAAAAACCUGGAUGAAUGGAUUGAGGAUUUGGAAGAUUUUGUCCAUUUCUUCCGAUUAAAUGAGGAGUCGAAGUUUAAGGCGGCCAUAAUCGCAUUUGCAGGCGACGCACAACAAUGGUUCGAAGAAGAACAUCGGCGAUGGCCGUUCAAUGGGUGGCAGGAAAUGAAGAAGCACUUGUUGAGGAGCUUCAAUUCUUCGAUGACAACUCAGAGGGGUUGGGAUGGUAUGGUCAAGCACCAGAAUAUCUCCCCGAGUUACAGUCAUGGUGGAAUGAGUGAUAUUACGGGUUGUUGUACCAAGGGUAAUGGUAAACUGGUGGUGCCAAAAAGCAACCAAGAAAAUCUGGUGUGGCAAGAGAAGGUUGUGGAAGGAACAAAAGAGAUUCAGGCAACCUCCAAUGUGGACUGUCACACCAUGUUCAUCGCGAUCUCACCUGAAUCAAAACCGAAGGGAAGUUUCAUGGUGGGGUUAACAACAAAAGAAGUCUCAGAGCAAAAGGGAACAGUAGAUGAAGGAGGGCUCAAGGGCUGCAAAAAUGGAACGACACCAAGCUGCUUCACCGGUGGCAGGUGCGGUGGUGGGUUUGAUAAGGUUGCAGGUGAACCACAUGGAGGGAAAUUCGAGCGUGGUGGGGCGGCAGAAUGUGGAUCUGGCGGUGGUCCGGGUAAUUCUGCCGGAUCUGGUAAGUUCGGUGUUGGAACCGCCUCAUAUGGUGGCCUGAGAAAAAAUUUCGGUGGCUGGAAUAGAGGAGAGUGCUUUUCAAAAGGGGCUGCUGCAGCGAGUGGGUCAGGCGGUGGACCCGGUUAUUUUGCCGGAGUAAGUUCCGGCGAUGGGCUAACCUUCGUCGGCUGUGGAACUUGUGGUGACUUGAAGACGGCAGAAGAGGAGUUUGUGAAGGGUGGAUCGGAAGUAAGUGGGUCUGGUGGUGGAACUGGACACUACUCGGGUAAGAGCACCGGCGGUGCUCUCUAUGUCUUCGCCGGCGAAAAUUCUGGAGGUGGAGUGUAUGGAGUACAGUGGAGAUUGCACAAGAAGUUUACAGAGGAAGAGGUGUAUGGGAGAAGCUUCACGGUAGAAAAAAAUCAAAAUGAGGAAGGUAAGGAUAAUUUGGUCAAAACCCAAAAAGUUGACAUCACCCCUAAUGCUAGGCACGUGCUUCCUUUUUUCUGUCAAAAAGACAACAAAUUUAUUUUAUUUAGUAAAGCAAAGUCUGAAGUUGGGCUCUACCCUUUACAGCCACCUCAUUAUUCAGUUCAUGAGGUCAAAAUUAUAAAUGGGCUUAUAAAAUCUAAGUCCAACUUUCUGUUAUGUCACUCUAUCCAAGUUUUAAAAAAAGACCACCCUCACUCCUCCAACCCAGAACCUAGCGGCCCAUGUGGAUAUUUUAUUUCUAAACCCACUUUCCUCCCACCAAGUCUGAAACCCAUUUACACCUAUAAUUUUACUCAGCCCAAACCCAAUCUCUCUUCCCAGUUUUUCAUUUUCCAUUUUCCUUCCCUUAAGCCCAAUCUGCCACCAAAUUGCAAACCCACUUUUGAGAGCCUUACGUCUAAAACUAACCUCACCCCUCCCGCUUAUAUUUCCACACCCAAACCACCAAACCCAACUUUCCCGCACCAAAUUCAAAGUUACGUAUCCAUCUUUUCCUCCCACCUCAACCAUAACUUUAUACUCUUUCAAGACAGCUUUCAUUUACCUACAACACUCACCAAAGAGGAGCUUGAACGCCAAUGGAAGCCGGGCAUCAAUUUCCAACAAAACAAUGUCAACUGCUGCCGAGGUCGGGAAUUCAGCGCUGAUUACUAUCCACCUUGAGGACAAGGUGGAAGUUUGGGCGGCCGGUAAUGCUAUGAACUGAUAUUUUAGGGUAAGGGUAAUCUAGGUAGUUUUGUUAAGAAAAUUACUCUAUAUAUAGGGUUAAGGAGAGAGAAGAAAGUAUGCUGAAAAUUGUUAAGGAAAUAUUGGGUGAGCUUUUGAAGUUCAAUGGGAGAGAACAAGCCUCUCGAAAGCUUGUAACUAUCAUUUUAUAUUGCUGUAAUUUUCUGUUUUUCAAUCAAAUACUCAUUUUCUUCCUUAAUUUCUGCCAUUAAAGUGUCCAAGCUAUGUCAGUUCAUAGCAGUAUCUUACUAGAGCAAUGCAAUGCCAGUGGGAUUGAUUAGUGUGACUUUCUAUGUAUUACCAAGAACUUAGUUUGGCACUAAAAAGAGAGUACGAACAAGGUAUAGAAAGGAGUAAAUGUGUAUAUUCAAGCUCCCAUCUUGUUGUAAAUUUUGAGCCUCUAGUUUAUGCUAAUUUUAUGCUUUGGUGUAUUGUUAAGCUAGCUUGGCAAAUCCAUAUUUUUUUUGUAUGGUAUAUUUAGUAAAAGUUAAAGCAUUGGCGUCCGAGUAUGUAAUGAAGAACAUCUUACUUUUGGUUGAGUGAUGGAAAGAGAGUGAUAAUAUAGUUCAGUAAUAAUUGAGGAUUAGUAACAUCUUGUUAUAUCUAUAAAAAUUUUGAGCUUCUAUUUUAUGCUUUGGUGUAUUGUUAAGCUUAAUGUUAGCUUGGCAGAUCCAUAUUUUUUUUGUAUGGUAUAUUUAGUAAAAGUUAAAGCAUUGGCGUCCGAGUAUGUAAUGAAGAACAUCUUACUUUUGGUUGGGUGAUGGAAAGAGAGUGAUAAUAGUUCAGUAAUAAUUGAGGAUUAGUAACAUCCUGUUAUAUCUAUAAAAAUGAGGAUUGAGGAGUUGGGACUAUAUCACAAUUAUUUCUAGAUGGAGAGUAAGUACAACUUGGAUUAUCCCUAUCCAGUGUAUGUAGUUGAAGAUAUUAGGAAGUUCAUGAAUGCAAGUGACAAAGGUAGAGGACUGGAGGUAUAUGGUAGUAUUUAUUCUGAGUGUCAAGACAAUCUUCUUUAUAACUUCAAGUAGAUACAGUCAUGUCUUAUGGCUUCAAUUGAACUGCUCUUAUUUUCUAUCAGUCAUCCCUAACUGAAUCUGCAUUGAUUCAGUGUUCCUGUUCUCUCGAUGUAGAAGCGUCGAAACUUUUAUGUUGUGAAAUGCUUGUAAACAAAUAGAGGUAUCACUGUAUCAACAAUUAUAGACACAUGUACUGCAUCAAUACAAGGAUUUUGGUUGUAACCUUUAACAUGUAGAAGUCGGAUUACUUAUUAGACCUCUAGCACUUAAUAAGUAACAAGUAAUUUUUCUUAGUCACAAUAAUCUAUUGUCUUGAAAUUACUCCUAGAAUAUGAGUCAUAGUGCCUCAAAAUUCGGUGCUUGUGCUGUUUUUUUUCUGGCCCUGGGUGUUAGAAGAAGCGAGAUGGUUAAGUUUAUGUCAGAGUUAUGCUACUAAGUCCUACAGGUUAUCAAAACAGUUGUAAAGUUUCAUGGAUGUUUUAUAUUAUGUUGCUUCCCUCAUGCCUUAUAUUCAUAUGAUUGUUCGUCACAGUUUGGGUUCAAGGUGUUUUUUCACCUCCAAGGAAAAAGGAAGAUUUGGUUUUUGCAAUCAUGAAUGAUUUUUCUAUGAUGUUUGCUCUUUUUUCACUACAAGUUUGAUAGCAAUUUAUCCUCAUUCAUGCUAUUCAUUUCUUCUGAAAUAUACUGUGAAAUAGUUCUUAUUGCUUUUCUUAGUGUCACCUUAUAAUUAUUUCUAAUUUGAUUUAUCUAUAUAAUGUAGUGAAGCAGUAACCACUAUAUCUUGUUUUUGCUCCUAAAAUUUCGUCUGAAACAUAUCAUGCAGACACCCACUAAUGAUGACUGCAUUAUUGCAACCAACGAUCUUCAUGAAUCUGCAACUAUUGUUAUAACAUAUUGUUAUGAUGAAAAUGAGGUUUCCCAUUGUCCGGAACUUAAUCCUGGUCAUAAAAAAUUACGCCUUUUUCAAGAGGGAUUGGAGGCCAUUAAGAGAAUAACAACUGCUACAGCAGACUUCUAUUUUGUUCUCUAUUCCAUCUACAUGUCAUGAUAGUGUUGUAGAUAAUCUUCUCUCUUUCUGUAAAUGUAUUAGGUAUAGGGUAUGAGUAUGUGUGUGUAUUGUUAAUUACGUAUUGCGUGUGUGGUAUGUGGUAUAAGAGCAUUCUUAUUCAUGAUUGAGAAUAAAGAUCAAGUUGAUGAUCAUGAAAAAAGUGCUCUUAGUCACAAUUGAAAAAAAGAUUGUGAGGUGAGUGGAUUGGGAGAAAAAAAAUACAUGGGAUGAGUGAAAUGAUGAAUAAGAUUUUAGGAUGAGAGAUGCCAAGUGUCACAUUUUGAGUGGAUUUUAAAAUAUUGCAACGAUUUUAUUUUAGAAAAUACAAAGUGAGAUAUCUUUUA